AUGGAGACUUCUGAUGAAGAAAACUUUGAUGUAGCCAUCUCCUCCCCUUCUGACGCAGAGUUUGAUGCAGUUGUUGGGUAUCUGGAGGAUAUUAUAAUGGAUGAUGACUUCCAGUUAAUACAGAGGACUUUUAUGGAGAAGCACUACCAGGAGUUUGAUGACUCAGAAGAGAACAAGCUCAUCUACACUUCUAUUUUUAAUGAAUACAUCUCUUUAGUAGAGAAAUACAUCGAAGAAAAACUGCUGGAUCGGAUUCCCGGGUUUAAUAUGACUGCUUUCACCAUGUCAUUGCAACAGCACAAAGAUGAAAUAGCAGGGGAUAUAUUUGAUAUGCUUCUCACGUUUACUGACUUUCUGGCUUUCAAAGAAAUGUUCUUGGAUUACAGAGCUGAAAAAGAAGGUCGAAGUCUGGAUUUAAGCAGUGGGUUAGUGGUGACUUCAUUAACCAAAUCGUCAAUAUCCUCCUCCUAG